AUGCAGACCCAUGGAUCCACCACCCAGACCUUAGAUCCCCCCCAGCCCCAUGGACCCAGCUCCCGGAGGAAGAGGAGGACAGCAAAGAAGAGCAGGAAAAGGAAGAGGAAGUUGAUGGAGAUGAGGAGAAGGAGGAGGAGGAGAAACGGGUGGGAUGAAGAGUGGAGGAACCGCGAUGCUGACGGUGAGGAGGAGAACGAGGAGGAGGAGAGGGGUGAGGAUGAGGAUGCCGAUGAUGGGGAAGAUGAAGAUGAUGAGGAGGAUGAAGAUGAGAAUGAGGAUGAAGAUGAUAAAGAUGAAGACAAUGAGAAGGAUGAAGAUGAUGCUGAGAAUGAAGAUGAACACAAUAAAGAUAGAGAAAAUGAGCAUGAAGACGACAAGGAGGAUGAAGAUGAGGAGCAUGAAGAUGAUGACGAAGAUGAAGAUGAUACUGAGGAUGAAGAUGAAGGCAACGAGGAGGAUGAAGACAGUGAGGAGGAUGAAGACGACGCUGAGGAUGAAGAUGAUGAGAAUGAUGAUGAAGAUGAUGAAGAUGAAGACAACGAGGAGGAUGAAGACAACGAGGAGCACGGCGACAAUGCCCGUGACAACGACGGG